AUGACCUCGGCUUUUCACAAAGAAAUCAAAGUCAUCCAGCUAAGAACUGCUCAACUUUCCAACACCAAAAGUUCUAACUUACCUAAUGAUGAUGGAGGUGGGAUUCUAACCCAGGACUACCUCGGAGCCUGGGGCGCUCGCCUCCGCCGCUCUGUUUCUGUGCUUUCUCGUAGACAAAUAGUGAAAGUAGGAAAUGACAGAGAUGCACGGUGCGCAGAGCCCCAGUCCGGACUGAGUUCUAAAGGGGAGAGGUGGGGGUGGGGUGGGGCAUCUGCCUUGGAGGAAUCUAAGCCGCGGCGAGCAUCCCUGGCACCGGCGGGAGGCCCCGCCCUCGGAAGCACAGGAGCGCCCCGUCGCGGCGAGGCCCCGCCGUCCCAGGCCCCGGGUACCAACGGCUUCGGCCCGCGCCGGGGCGGCGGGACUUCAGCAAAGGCCCGGGCUCCCAGGAGAGCCUGGAGGCUGCGCGGGGCGAGCAGGCCUCCCCAGGCCCUCGGCUCAGGAGAGUCCCUCCCAGUCCUCCCUGCAGUGGCUACCCUCGCCCUCGCCCACGCGGGGCUCCUGACGUUGGCUUCGGGCCCAACGAGAGACCGGUCAUUCAAAACGACCACUGUCCUCGGCCCCGGGAAUACUCCAAGGACCGGCGUGGACGCAGCUCCCCUCUCCUGGACAAGCAAACCAUCAUCUCAGAAAACUUCAGAAAGGACACACUAGAAUUAAUUAGAA